AUGGCGUCUCAAAACCCAAAUCCCACUCGAACCCCGAUGUACCCCAAAGUCAACGACUCCAAUUACCAAACAAUUAAUCCUCCAAAUCCCUCCUCUACAGCCCUCUACCCCACCAUCGACCCCGUGGAGAACCUCUUCCCUGACAACUACGAAACUCACCCAGCUUCCCCAUCCGCCCCUCUCGAAUCCAUUGAGGAGGCCUACCUCACAAUCCCUGGCGCAAUCCUCCAUUUGAUCGACCAGCAUUACUCCGUUGAGCUUGCUUCAGGCGAACUCCAAAUCAUCCUCCUUUAUCAGGGGGAUAACACCGUCGCUGCCCUUGCGCGUGUCGCGGAUGAGACCCAAUGGCCCUUGACGAAAGACCUUGCAGCUGUUAAGCUUGAUCAAUCCCAUUACUUCUUCUCCUUCCAACCCCCUAAGGAAACUGAGAAUUCUGACUCCAGCGAUGAUGACGGAAAAGAGAAAAAGAAGAAGAAGAAGAAGAAGAAGAAUAAAAAGAAGACUAAAAAGAAUAAAAAGGAAGAGAUGAAUAUGGAAAAUGAGGUGUUGAGUUACGGGUUAACGAUAGUGUCUAAAGGGCAGGAGGGGGUCUUGAAGGAGUUGGAUCGAGUUUUGGAGACUUACUGUAACUUUUCAGUUCGGAGGGUGGAGGAGAAAGAGAUGAUAGCGGAGGCAGGGGCAGUGGCAAGGGAAAUUACAGCAGGGGAGUUGAAUACAGACAAGAAGAAGAUGGAGGCGGUGGAAGGGCAGUGCGCAGCCUACUGGACGACGCUGGCACCUAAUGUGGAGGAGUACAGUGGGAAGGCAGCUAGGCUGAUUGCGGCAGGGUCAGGGCAUCUGGUUAAGGGUAUAUUGUGGUGUGGAGAUGUGACUGUAGAUCGGUUGAAGUCGGGGGAUGAGAUAUUGAAGAAGAGGAUGACUCCAGGGGACAAUGCAGAGAUUGAUCCUAAGACCUUAGAGAGAAUUAAGAGGGUUAAGAAGGUGACAAAGAUGACCGAGAAAGUAGCAGUCGGGGUACUUUCAGGAGUUGUGAAAGUUACGGGUUUCUUAACUGGUUCUGUUGCAAAUUCUAAAGUAGGAAAGAAGUUCUUUGGUCUCCUGCCAGGAGAAAUUGUCCUUGCAUCUCUGGAUGGAUUUAGCAAAAUCUGUGAUGCUGUUGAAGUAGCUGGAAAGAAUGUGAUGUCAACCUCUUCCACUGUGACGACUGGACUUGUCUCCCAUAGGUAUGGAAAAGAGGCAGGUGAGGUAGCAAGUGAAGGACUGGAUGCUGCAGGACAUGCUGUGGGAACUGCAUGGACUGUUUUUAAGAUCAGGAAGGCCUUCAAUCCAAAAAGUGUUCUAAAGCCCUCUACCCUGGCUAAAUCUGCUGUCAAGACUGCUGCAGCUGAAAAGAAGGGAAAAAGUUCCAAGUAA